AUGCAGAACCACCCAACUCAGCCCGGCCCAGCUCAGGACAAUUUAACCCAACCCGACUUCGCCUUUGCUACUCAAAAUCUCAACAACUUUGCAGCGGAGGUGAGCCGCAUUGGUAAUGUCCCCGCGCUUCAGGGGCAACUUGACAACAUCGUCCAGAUGGUUGGAGGCAUAACUGAUCGUCUCGACAGGAUAGACACCCGUCUCGACAGGAUGGACACCCGUCUCGAUGGCUUGGACACCCGUCUCGAUGGCUUGGACACCCGUCUCGAUGGCUUGGACGCUCGUCUUACUGGCUUGGACACUCAGGUCACGACUGGUUUCGCCCGGGUCGAUGUAAGCAUUCACCGCAUUGAAGAAAACCUCCACACGAUAUCCACGCGAUUGGAUGCAACAAAUUUCAACACCUUCGCGGCCCUGAAUAACAAGCUCAUUGUCGCUGGUGACGCGCCACUCUGUCCUCUCCACCACGCUACAACCAACCAACCUAUCCCACACUUUCCUGAGACCGGCAAUGCCAUUGAGAACUUAAGCGUCGCGCAACUUGACGGCAUCUUCCGCGCCUUACCGGUAGAUAUGCCUGUCAAUCGCGGAAACAAGAAAGCUAAGAUUACGGCGCUCAGGUACAAGAUCGGUGCUAUCACCGCAUAG